AUGUUAAGGCGCUUCACUUCACUCGUUAUCCAAAAUCGUGGCAUUAAACAACAAGUAGACAUAAAGUGGGUCCGGCCAGAUUAUGUGCCAGCUUAUAAACCAGAAAGAUCGGGAGAUUUAGAAGGUCUUCCUAAAGAUACGGUUAAGUUUACUGCCCUAGAUUUUAGUCUUAGUGACGAAAUUAAAGAUGCUCCAGAAGCUGUGAAAAAAAUCUUCUCUGUGGCACACCUAGGAAGAAAAGAGUACAGAACUCUGGUCCAAAAAGACUUAAUAGACAGAGUAAGACGGCACAAAUAUGAUGAAAAUACAUCUGAAACGAGAAUUGCUAGAAUAACUGGGCAUAUAAGAUGUCUCCAGGAAACAAUGGAGUUACAUCCCAAAAAUGUCAACACAAAGAAAUUAGUUCAAGAAUUAAUAGACAGAAGAAAGAAGCUUCUGAAAUUCUUAAGACAGUAUGAUUACAAGAAGUUUGAAUGGCUGCUGGAGAAAUUAAAUAUUGAAUACAAAGGACAUCCCGAGACAUAUCACAAACUUACGCGAAAGGAAUCUCUUAGGAAACUGACUGAAAUGCACUGUGACGAUAUCCGUAAUAAGAAACUUUCAGAUUAUAGAAACCUAUUAGAGAGUCAGCAGGGACCUUUCCUUCAAGAGAAAUUGAACACCCUCAAAUUUAUAAGGAGCGAACAAAUUGAACUACAAUUACCAAUAACUGUCAACGAACAAGAUAUUGCGAAGGUUGAACAGCAGUUACAGGAAUGGAAAUUAAGAGACAAACAAAAGCAACAAGCUAAACAAAAGAAGAAAAAUAUCUUAUUGGAUUAG